AUGGAAGAGCAAGAGAACACACAACCACCGACCGAUCCCUUGGACAAGGAGAUUGCCUCCUUGAAAAAACGAGUCGCCGCCAUGAAGAAACGCCUACAAAUCGAGUGCUCCACCAUCCUAUCCUCGACACCUAUACAAAACAUCAUCCAAGACGCCUCCGCAGCCACCUCCAACACCUCCUCGUUCCUCAAAUCCGCCCUCCGACCCGCCCCCCACGCCGCCGCCUCCCUCCAGAAGCGCUCCGCCCAGCAGGCCGCCUACAUGCAGCAGUGCGCCUACCGCAUCGCCGCGCCCGUCACCGCCUUCAAGGUGCGCGACCCGGACCCGCACGCCGUCGACCGCGGGCACGUCCUCGGCCUGCGCUUCGAAGUCAUGUCCCAGGGCCACUUCCUGCGCCCCUACUACGUCCUCCUCAACCGUCCCUGGGCCGACGACCCGUCCUCCUCCCACCACCUGCGCGUCCACCGCCACACCGUACCGCCCGCCGUGCCUCUCGCCGGCCUCGCCGCGCGGCACCUGCCCCCGCCUCGCGCCGGCGACGCCCCCGCCCAGACGCGGCAGGACCUGGGCCGGUUCGCGCGCGCGCUGCGCCGCGAGAUCGCGCGCUUCCACAACCGCCUGGGGCUCACCGCGGACCUGCGCAAGACGGUCGGGCUGGCCCGCAAGGGCAGCAGGCGGUCGACGACGGCGGGUGGCGCGCGGGAGGUGGUGGAGGCGGGCAUCGCGGACGUCGAGGCCAAGCACGUCAAGCUCGCGUGGGCGGACGGGCGCAGCGGUCGCAUCCUGAUGGACCGCGACGGCAGGGUGGAGAGGUUCGUGGUGUUUGGGCCGCACGGCGGGAGGGACUGGCGGAUGACGAGGAUGCUGUGCGACGCGAGCGACGGCGUGGACGACAUUGCGCGGAAGCUGCAGCGCUAUGCGGCGGCGUGA